CGUUCUGUAGACAAAGCAGAAAUCCAUGUCAAGAAAACCAGACACAACAAGGUCGACACACUCAGAUAAGACAAGCCAGAGACAAUGAAGGUAACACUGUCAGCGCUACUCCUGGUCACCACCUUCAUGUCCUCCACAUCAUCGGGAGCAGUCAAUGUCAGUGUCACGGUGUCCACAACACAAGCAGUGUCAUUUAUUGAUGAACUAUUUGUGGGCGUCACACUUGACUCCAGUCUCCUGCCGACCCCACAACACUGGAAAGGAUUGGACUUCAACUCUCAAAAAGUUCAGGCACUGGCUAAAGGCUUGUCUCCAUGCUAUCUGAGGAUUGGAGGAACUGAAGGUGACAGCCUGACCUUUGACCCUACCGGUAAUGGCACAGUAGAUGUCAAUCGUUCAUUAACAGGAGCUACAUGGGAUGCUGUAAAUACAUUUGCCCAGGACGUGAACUGGAAGUUUAUAUUCGGUCUGAACGCCCUUAAGAGGAAGGAGGGACAGUGGGAUCCCACUAACGCAAAGGAACUGCUGCAAUACAACAGUGCGAAGGGGUACCAGCUGGCAGGUUUUGAACUCGGAAACGAACCUGACUUAUUCCCUGGGCAAUAUAACAUCACUGUGAGCGGCAGUCAGUUAGGUAGGGACUUCUAUACCUUCAAGAAGCUGCUCCGAUCGCCACCAGGGUAUGAGGUGACACCAGUUAUCGGACCUGACAUGGCCUCUAUAACUGGCGCAAAAUCACAGUUCUUUGCUGAUUUCUUCACAGGAGGGGGAGACAAGGCCGUGGACAGGAUAACUUUUCACCAAUACUACACCAGUGGCGAAACUGCAAACCUCACAGAUUUUACUGAUUCCAAGUUAAUGGAUAACCUGGUCACUUAUAUAGAGACGGUGUUGGAUGUGACAAGACGCACCAACCCCCUUACCCCAGUCUGGUUGGGAGAAACAUCCUCCUGUUAUCAUGGCGGUGCCCCGGGAAUCUCAGACAGAUAUGCCGCUGGGUUUCUGUGGCUGGACAAGCUUGGUGUUGCUGCUCGGAUGGGAUUGAAAGCAGUUCUCAGACAGGAUUUCUACGCAGCAAGCUAUGGACUUAUUGACAAUGAUACGUUUGAGCCAUUGCCUGACUACUGGUUAACCGUCCUGUAUAAGAGACUCGUGGGAGGCGCCGUGUUUUCAGUAGAGGCGACCGUGGACAACAGCACCAUCAGGGCCUACGCCCACUGCACAAAGCCUUCCAUUUCCUAUGGCUACAUGCCCGGCGGUGUGACGAUGUAUUUCCUGCUGACCACAGACAACAACACCUCCAUAACGUUCCCCCAGUUUCCCGACCAACCUAUAGAUGUGUUCUGGUUGACGCCAGUGGAUGGACUCACUAGCAGGAAGGUGGCCUUGAACAACAAGCAGCUUGACCUUGUCAAUAAUUCGCUGCCGGAGCUGAAACCUUACAGGACAGAAGAAAACACCAUCACCUUCCCCGGGAAGUCAUUCGGGUUCCUCGUCUUCCCUGAGGCUAACGUAGCCUCCUGCAGUAGCCAGUAAUGACGUUCAGAGAAUGAGAGAACAAACCUGUAUUGUCUGCGCUUGCUAUGGAAAUAAAUCUUAAUAUUAUUGAUUCACUUA